UAACAAAUGAAAAGUAAGCAAAUAACUUCUCAAAUGGAGCAUCAAGCCACAAGCAGGAGAAAUGGAAGACACUCAUCAACUGAAAGGCUGUUGGCAAUAAGCUUGGGACUUGUGGCUGUAGCCUCACCGUUAUUUAUCGACAGAAAACCACAGACCAUCGAGGAACUGGAGCUCGAAGAGCAACCUUUAUUCAGCAUUUCCACUUAUCUGCUUAUCGUUUUGUUACUUCUCAUCAUUGUUGCGGCUUUUUCGUGUUACUUGGAUCAUAGCCUUACCAGGUUUGAUCCUUACUGGAUAUACAGAGUUGGAGGUUCUUCAGGCGGAAUCAUCGCCCUUCUAAUAGUUCUUACCCUCGUCUUAAAGUGUAGAGCUUUUUAGCCUUCAAAUCAUGAGAAAAAAAGAGAGAAAAUCUGAUGCAUGAAUGUAUCUAUGUUGAUGGUAAAGUUUAGAAUUUUCAACGUCUUCUUAUGCUAGAAAAAUAUAACAUAAUUGUAUGCAACUCCUGAAGUUACAUAUAAACUAACUUAACUUGUAUCAAUUUCGUCUUUGGUUUUAUUUUUUAAGUUGAAAUAAUAGAAGGGGAAAAGGUAAAGUUACAUGCCAUCGUUAUGGGCAAGUGCAGCAGGAGUCUCCAGAGGGGAAUAAUGUAGCAGAACUUCCACAGGCUCAAACAUCUUGACAUGGUCCAACACU